AGGGCUCGCCAUUUGAAGAAGUGGUAUUUCCUUGAAGCAGGUAUUUUUGUUUUGCUCUUGUUUGCGCUGGAGCCGCCAUUGCACAACAGCAAUAGCUUCUACAAGGCUUCUCAUUUUUCCUCUUUGUUUUUCCUCCGUAGUCGGUGCCUGUCCACGACGACUGGAGUUACUCUUACCAUUGUUUUCUACCAGCUGCCUUGACAGGGCCCCGUGCCGCAACUCGGCCACACCCACACGGAGUCGCACGGCACGCAUUCAUCUCUGCAUCGUCUUAGUUUUUCCUUCUCCACAAUCUCUUUUUAAAGUUCCUGUUGCCGCUUUGCUGGAAGUUCCUCAUCGUGCUCCUUCAGUGGUAUAAAUAGACAUUCGAUUUUGCAAAGCCCGGGGCGAAGGGGCGAAAGGGCUGCUCCGGCCGUCGUCCCGCACCGGAUUUUCCUUUUCUCUCCUCCUCUCUCCCUCCGCGGCAAACACCGAACACACGGAAGUAUGGCGGAGCGGCUCGCUGUGGCGGUGCGGGUGCGCCCCUUCCUGCCACACGAGUCCCGCGCCUGCUGCGUGACGGUGCGCGCGAGCCAAAUUGAUGUCGGCGAAUCGAAGAGCUUCGCCUUCGAUCGCGUCUUCGGUCAGAGUGCGACCUCCGACGACGUCUACGUGGCGCUGGGGCAGCCGCUCGCCGACUCCUUUCUUAGCGGCUACCACGCCUCCACCAUCGCCUACGGCCAGACCGGCGCCGGUAAGACCUUCACGAUGGCGGCGCUGCUGAACGACACGGUGCAGGAGAUAUUUUGCCGAUUGGCCGAAGAAGAGGGGAGCAGCAGUAGCAAUGGUGUGCGGACGUCGUCCAGCACAGCCGCCGAAGCCGCCGCGCCGUCUCCCAUGCCGGCCUUCACCCUGUCGCUGACGGUGUUGGAGGUGUACAACGAGGUGGUGGGCGACUUGUUGAGCCGACAUGCCGAGAAGCCUUACGCCGCUCCCAUCGGCGGCGGCAACGGUGGCGGCGGACAACAACAGCGUCGCAGCAGCUCGGCGCAAGACCGGAAAAGCGGCCCGUCGCUGCGCAAUGGCCUGCAGCUGCGCGAGGACCCAACCGGCGGGGUGCACGUCGUGGGCCUCACCGAGGUCACGGUGGACAGCGAGGCCCGUUUGUUGGCGCUCAUCGACGAGGCGAUUGGUCAUCGCAAGACGGCGGCGACGCUGAUGAACGCGACGAGCUCACGUUCGCACUGCGUCAUCACGCUGACACUGCAGCGGCGAGGGCUGUGCUCACGGUGUUGCUUCGUGGACUUGGCAGGCAGCGAGCGACUGAAGAAGUCUUUGAAGUUUGCGUCGCCGACAGAUCCCUGCGGCGGCACCGGCAACGGCGGCAACAACAUCUACUACAGCGGUGUGAAUGAUGGGGGGAAGGGGAGUCCAAAGGAGACGGACUUCGCGUCCGACAACACGGUGGCGCGCGUGCGCGAAGUGAUCAACAUCAACAGCGGGUUGCUGGCGCUGGGCAACGUGAUUGUGGCGCUCUGUGAGAAGAAGCCGCACGUUCCUUACCGCUCAUCGAAGCUCACACGGCUCUUGCAGCCUUUGUUGGAGGGUCACGCCCGCACCGCGAUGAUCGCCUGCGUGGCCCCGCUGGCGUCUUCCUUAGAGGAGACCCUCAACACACUGAAGUACGCCGAUCGCGCCAAACACAUUCACGUUGAUCCGCACCUCACCGUGGCAUCAGCGACGACAGCAGCGAAUGCGCAGCAGCUCAUUGUGAUGCUGCGCGACGAGCUCGAAGACGCGAAGCGGCGGCUGGCAGCCACGGCGAGCCAAAACGAAGAGCGAGCGCGUAGCAGCGGCAGCAGCGGCGGCAACACCACAUCCGGCACGUCUCGCUCGAACUCAAUGGAGCCGGUGUCCGCGGGUGUUGAGCAGCUGCGGCAGCUGCUCGAGCGGGAGCAGGAGCACACAAAGCGACUCGAAAACGACCUCUUCAGCGCCGAGUACACCGCCAUGGUGGAGGUGGAGAAGCGCAAGGCGCUGGAGGUACGCGUGGCGCAGCUGGAGGCGUACAUCACCGGCUCCCGAGGCGGGAGUAGACGUGCCCACCGUGCGAGUUCGGAGGGAAGAAACGCCCCUCGCACCACAUCACCGCCCAGCCCGUGUACGUGGCGCAUGAGAAACCUGGAGCGGCUGCAGCAGCUGGAGGAGGAGCGAAAUUCGCUCGCCGUCCUGCAGGCGGAGAAGGUGCAGGACACCCAGCGACUGGCGGCCGCCCUCGCCGCGGAGGCGGUGCCGACGGUGGCGGACGUCGACGCAGCCGAAAGGGACGCCACUCCUACUGCGGCUGCCGCGGCCGGAGAGAAUCACCUCACGGCGGAAAUCCAACACAAAGAAUCCCAAAUUGCGGCCCUCCAGGAGGAGAACGGCGCGGUGGCGGCGCAGCUCGAACAGUACGAGCGAGAGCUGCAGGACACCCUCGGCGAAAAGGCCAAACUGCAGGAGGAGCUGCGGGAGGCGGAGGUGCGGCUCGAGAAGUCGGCGAUGGAGCGCGAGCAGAGGGAGAUAGAGAAGGUGGCGCUGCGAGCUGGCUACCUCGAGCGCAUCCGCCGUGCAGAGGUGACGGCAACGGAGGACCGCCGCCGUGUGCGUGAGGCGGAGCAGAAAGUGAGGGCCCGGCAGGAGGACAUCGACCGCACCCGCCAGCUGCAGAUGAAGGUGGUGCGGCUGCGUGAGGAGGUUACGCGGCAGCGGCAUGAGGUGCGCAGCACGCGGAAGCAGUCCGAUCAGCUCUCUGCAGCCCAUCAACACGAAAUCCUCCAGCUGCAGCGUCAGUUGCAAGCAACGACGGCGCAGGUGGCGCAGCUGCACCAGCGAAUGGAGCGGAAGGACGCAGCCAUUGCGAAGGUGCGGAAGCAGCUGACGGAGGAACAGCCGCCGCGGCAGGUGCAUCAGCCCACACCUCACACACCACCACCACCGCACACAACAGCGCCUUCGAUCGUCCUUCACAAAAUGCCGCCCUACAAGCAGGCCGCAUCGCGGCGCAUCUCACUGAAGCCGCCACCGACCUCCGGCGCCAGUCCCCUCACCCUCUCCCUCCCUGGCACGCCGCCCAGCGACACAUCGCCGGCGGGCUUUACAAAGCGACGCCUAACGUUGCCGCCUCUGCUGCGCAGCCCCUCGUUGCAGCGCAACGACGCCGCACAGACUAAAAUUAACCGCGAGCUGCAGGCCCUAGAGCGCAUGGAGAAGGAGCUGGCCGAGCUGCAGGAGUACCGGGAGAUGCUGCGGUCUGCGCAGACCACCGAUGCCCCCAAGUGGCGCCGUGCCAAGGAGGGCUUCUCCCGCCGGCUCUCCACGAUUCAAAUGGAGAUGCAAAGGAUCGACGCCGGCACCCCCGCACACGCCAACCUCACACAGGAAGCGCAGGACGUGGCGGAGAAGCUGCAGCAGCUGGAGGCGUACCGGCACAUGUUCGAGGACGCCGACGUGCAGCUGGCCGAGUUUGAGAACCGUAUCGACAACCUGAAUGAGGCCCGCCGGUUCCACCUGCAGCGCAUCCGCCGCCUGCAGCAGUCCACCCACGCGCCGACGGCGGCGCGGACUCCUCGCCGGACUGCGCUGCUGCGCCAUCGUCGGCGCGUGGGUGGACACGACCCGUCCCAUCUGCUCGACGAGUUCGUCCUCGUGCCGGUCAGCCGACAGCGGCGCAGCGUUGCGGUCACCGCCGCUGGAGGCGCUGAAGAGCAGCGGGGACGCGACGGCCUACCCGGCGGAGCUGGAGCAGCAGGCGGCUCGUCUGAAGGAGGAGACGGAGGCCUUGCUGGCACGGCUGAGGACGAACUGAGAACCCUUCGGCAGUGUUAUUGA